CAUGCCGCUCAUCACGUGACCCCGGAGUCUCCGCCCCCCUCCCGUCUCUCUGCCGAUCAGCUCCGUUCCUGUAGAUACCACCGGCGCCAUGAAUAUCCGGAAUGCACGGCCCGAGGACCUCAUGAAUAUGCAGCACUGCAACUUGCUGUGUUUGCCAGAAAAUUACCAGAUGAAGUAUUACUUUUACCAUGGACUGUCCUGGCCACAGCUCUCUUACAUUGCAGAAGAUGAAAAUGGAAAAAUUGUUGGCUAUGUCUUGGCAAAAAUGGAGGAAGAUCCAGAUGAUGUUCCACAUGGCCAUAUCACUUCUUUGGCUGUGAAACGAUCUCACAGACGUCUUGGUCUGGCACAAAAAUUGAUGGAUCAAGCUUCCAGAGCAAUGAUUGAGAACUUCAAUGCUAAAUAUGUUUCUUUACAUGUGCGGAAAAGCAAUCGAGCCGCGCUUCAUUUGUACUCCAACACCUUGAACUUCCAAAUUAGUGAGGUGGAGCCCAAGUACUAUGCUGAUGGUGAAGAUGCAUAUGCCAUGAAACGAGAUCUCACCCAGAUGGCUGAAGAGUUGCGGAAACAGAUGGAAUUAAAGGACAAGAACCGCCCACAACCCCUGAGCUCCAUCGAAAACAAAUCCGAUAAUAGGUCUGGUCACGUUGGGGACUGUUGUCGAGAUGAGAAGUGUGUAGGAAACACUGGAAAACGCGAUGGAUUAGAGGACAGCGGGGACAGCAAGGACGUGAGUGAAGUCAGCGAGGCUACAGAGAGCACAGACGUCAAAGACAGCUCCGAGGCUUCAGACUCUGCUUCUUAAAGGGAGCGUCUACGCAAUAAAUUAAUUUAGGAUACCAUGAUGACCAUUGUCGUGUUAGCAGCUCCUGUUCUGUUUUAUUCGAUUCCUUUCCAGGUGCAGUAAAGAUCGAUCAUUGAGGCCUGUCACUCUUUAUACAGAAAAGAACAAUUUGUAAAUAUAUGAAGACAAUAAACUCUAUGGGAUAAGCUGACUUGGAUAUCUCA